UUCAUUUAUAAUUUAGUAAAAUAUAAGGAAUCUGCAUGGGUACUUUUGUAAUUAAUAAAAACUUGUGCUUUUUUCAGCACAGGGCAGUUUAACUAUGGAAAUCCAUGCUGUCUCAAUUGGCAUCUACUUUGUUAACCCUGACCCCUGCUCUUGAAUUCAUCCUCACCCACUUUUGAACACUUGUUCCUACAUUCUGUCACUUGGACAACUUCUCUUCCUAGCUCUGACCUUCUGGUUCUUCAGCCCUUGCCUGAGUUCCUGAUUCUGCCUUCUGCUUUAGGUGUGGGGAUUUCUUCUCUUAAUUGAACAUAACAAUUUUCCUAGAGAUUUUGGCUUGGCUGUUGUAUGGUUCUUGGUCCCUUUGGCUAUCUUCUGAAGGAUCCCUCCCUUCUCUUUCCACCGUGGCUCCAUUAAAUCCUACCCCGACCUAACAGAUUUAGCUAUGGUGCAGUGAACAUACUAAAGUUACCACUGCUGGUCAUUCUACUGGAACCCAGAGUGUGGGUGGAAAAUGUAGCAUUUCCUGAGUGGAAGUCUGUUUUAGUCCCAUUGGCUGAGAGCAGUUACCUUCCCUGAAAGUAAGUGAAAUCACAUUCAUAGGUGUGGCAUCCCCACCCCAUCUUGAUUCCUAUUUCAGAGAAGUUUGGAGGCAACUCUUGGAAAAUCUCAGACUUUUUAUGUGACUUCAGCCAUGUGUGGACUGCCAUUAAUCAAAGUUAGGGGUGGGAGUGGGGACAUGGAUCUGAGUGGAAAAAGAGUCUCACCUGUUGCUAAAGGCGCAGUGAUGGGAAGUUCAGCAAUUUUGGAGAAGAUAUGGUUUUCUAAAUCCACCGGGGGGAAUACCUCAUCUGCCAGCUCCCCACUGGGUCCCAGGGCAUGGGGAAGAAUUACCUAAUGCUUCAGUCCAAGUUUUGAGAAACCCAAAGGGGCCAUCUUGUUUGUUUUGUUUAGCUUUCAAUGAAUUAAUUUUAAUUGCUAAAUGCCUUAGGACUCUUCAGUCUAGUUGUUUCAUGGAUAAGGGACCAGAGCAUGCUUUCACCUACUAUGACCAGGCACCUUGGGUCAAAGUAUGGGGAUGAGAAUUGUCCCUGCAUUUAGAGUCCAAUUAUAUGCUUAAAGCUUGUUCCCAAGGUCACAUGUCUCCUCCAAACACAUCUAUUCUUUGGUGUACUGCUGGGGACUUUAACACAUGAAUUAACAGCAAAUCAUGACAGAUGCCCAUGAGACCUUCCAAGUUUCCAUCAGGGGCCCCUAUGUUCUAUCUCUCACAGUACUACUUCUCAUUUUUAGCGCUCUCUGACUUCUUGGACCAAGUUCACAGAUUCUGACACUUAAUGAGAUUGAACUGUAGUUUGGGUCCAGGAGCAUUAUAAAUGAAAAAACAAACAACAAAACCAAAAAAAUCCCCCAAAUUACAUUCCAACACUUCUCAGUUUCAGUGCUUACCAGCACUUUUUGUCUUAUACAAUACUCACAAUUUUCCCCAACUAUUGAUGAACAGGGCUAUCUAGAGGAUCUUAAGUUGUGUUUGUGAUUUUCUUGACUUGGGAUAAGUGGAAAGGAAAGUCAAUGUUAUCUGUUCAUAUUCUGCAAGAAGUUACACAGAACUGUAACUAAAGCAUUACUGUGUAUCUGGUACCAGAGUAGUUUGAUUGACAGUUAAAUGCCUAAGAGGAAAUAGCCAUGUGUGAUCUAAGCAUAAAUGCAAAUCUAUAAAGGAAACUCAUGAAAGGGCUGACAUUUCUUUUCCAAGCAAAAGCAGAUCACAGCAAAUGAUUAUGGCACAAAUCCAUAUAUAUUGCUGGUGAGGGAAUGCAAAGUAAAGAAAUCAUCAUGAAAGGGUGGAAUUAAUUGAAAAAGGCUUUCUCAAGGAAGUGUGAGGUCCUUGAACUUGAUUUAUUAGAUAACAGUAAAUCACUGUAGGUGCUAAGAGAUGAAAGAGUAACAUUGGCAUGACCAGAACGACAGAUGGAGAAAAUGGCUGCAACAUCAACAGAGGGGAUAGAGAAGUUGGAUUCGGGUAAUCCGUGGAUGUGUGGAUGGAGGGGGAGUGGGUAGGAAUGAGGCAUGGAAAUCCCCACCAUAUUCUGGGGUUGCUAUGAAGAAAAGUUGCAUUCCCUGUGAAAGAGUGACAGAAACAAUGCUGUACUGGCACACUAUCAUUUGGAUUAGAAGUCAUUGGAGCCUGCCGUAACUCCUCCAUCCAGCUCUCUUUCUCUUGAAGGAGUGGACUCCCAGGUUCACCUAGGCUGUUUAAAUUAGGCAUUUCUAAGGAAAGUGGAUAUGAAUGUAGAAAUAGUAAUGCAAUCCUUGGAAAUUUGCAUCUCAGUAAAAGCAGCUGGCUCUUAGCUCACUAAUAGCUCAUUUGCUACACUGGGGAAAAUUAAAAAGGAAAUGUCCUUCCUGGCUGGGUAUGGUGCCUACUAGUAUAUUUCAGUAUUUCUCCUGCUCCCAGCAUCAGCACCACAGCUACUGAAUGCUCAAUGAGUAAAGAUGCUUCGGAUAUUUUUUAUCUGUUCUGUUAUUGUCUCAGUAAUUUUGACCUGUGUAGGACUCAUUGUGAACCUGUUUAUUGCAGUAGUCAAUUAUAAGACUUGGGUCAAAAGCCACAGAAUCUCCUCUUCUGAUAGGAUCCUGUUCAGCUUGGGCAUCACCAGAUUUCUUAUGCUGGGAAUUCUUCUACUGAAUAAUGUCUACAUCAACUCUCUGAAAGUUGAAAGGUCAGUCUACUUAUCCACUUUUUUCCUGUUGUGUUGGAUAUUUUUGGACUCUAAUAGUCUCUGGUCUGUAACCUUGCUCAACGCCUUGUACUGUGUGAAGAUUACUAACUUCCAACACUCCAUGUUUCUCCUGCUGAAACGAAAUCUCUCCCCAAUGAUCCCCAGGCUACAGCUGGCCUGUGUGCUGAUUUCUGCCUUCACCACUCUCCUGUAUGUUUUGCUCAGACAGACAUCACCCGUCCCUGAAUUUGUGACUGGGAGAAACAGCACAGUAUUUAACAUCAAUGAGGGCGUCUUGUUUUUGGUGACCUCUUUGGUCUCGAGCUCAUUUCUCCAGUUCAUGAUUAAUGUGACGUCUGCUUCCUUGUUAAUAAAUUCCUUGAGGAGACAUAUACAGAAGAUGCAGAGAAAUGCCACUGGCUUUUGGAAUCCCCAGACUGAAGCUCAUGUGGGUGCAAUGAAGCUGAUGAUCUGUUUCCUCAUCCUCUACAUUCCAUAUUCAGUUGCUGCCCUACUCCAUUAUGUCCCUUCUUCUGUAGGGAUGAAUUUAGGAGCCAGAUCCAUUUGUGUGAUUGUUUCCGCCUUAUACCCUCCAGGACAUUCUGUUCUUAUUAUUCUCACACAUCGUAAACUGAAAACAAAAGCAAAGAAGAUUCUUUGUUUCAACAAAUGGUGGAAUUUCAGUAGUAAAUAGUGGCUGGAGUCACCUUAUGGUUUGGCAGCAAGAUUUUCUCUAUUAGUACUUUUCCCAGUGGUCUGAGGCUUUCAUUUCUGUAAUUGCUGAUCUGACUUUCCAGGCCUCUGAGCACCUGUAUUUCAGUUCAUUCUCCAAUUUCUUUUUCUGCUAAUAUUUUAAAAUUAGGCACUUUCUCAAAGGAACUUGUUUGAGGCAUUGCUUGCCUUGUAUUUUGCAUGGGUGUUGCACCCCUGGAUAAUAGAGAUCACGUUGUUUAAUUGACUACUGAAAUAUAAUGGGAAGUUCCCCCAAAUUAAGCAAGACAUUAUGGUUCAUAUCAUUAAUUUAGCUGAGAAGUCCUAGGUAGGGGCUCAGCAAAUGGGUAAAUGGUCAUUGGGAGUCACUAGACAUCCUUAAAGCACAGCAAGAGAGCACAAAAAGAAAAGGAAAAAAAGUUUCGCAGAGAAGAGGGAGGGAAGAGAAAGUUGAAAGGAAAUAGGUAUACACUGUGGCAGAUGUACAGAAAAAGGGUGCUCAACUUGCUGGGUGAUAGUUACUGAGCUAUUACUACCAAGAAACUCUAGGAUUGAAUUUCUAGGUUUGUCCUGGAAAGAUGGGAAGGGCCAGAGUUGUUGGUUGGAGGGAAGUGAUUAGUGUUAAAGAAGCCCAAUCCAGGAUGGCUUCAAGGAUCUUAAAAUCCAGGGAACUAGCCUAAGGUCAAAAGCAAGUGCCAAAUAGUAAAAUUAACACAGUCUAAGUGCAACUUUGUAAAAGAUUGUACCUCAUCAUCUGAUAUGGAAUUUGGUGGACAGCCAAGAGGUGUCACUGGACCGGUAGCGUCACACUUUUGGUGAAUUUAUGUCAUCUAUUUAUAAACUUAUGCAUUGAGUUGUAUUGGCACUGCCCAAUUCUCCAGGUGAAUUCUGUUUGUUUGUUUGUUAUUUUUGAGCUGGGGCAGUAGGGCUAUGGCUAGAGAGGAGCAGGAAUCUGAAGAUGGAAUAUUGUAAGGACAACAGCAGCAGAAGGGGCACAGACUGCACACCAUCCUCCCUGAGUUGAGUGGGGUGGGUGUGGACUCAGUCUUCUGUGGGAGCACCAGUAGUAACAUUGUGUCAGAACAGCUGGAUUGUUCUCUGGAUUAUAGCGGUGGGGUAUAUAUGGUCUGGGAAAAGGCCUCACUGUAACUCUGUGUCAGUAGGAAGGAGCAAGAGGCCCUGGGUCACUGACUCAGUGGGUGCACAGCUUGCUUGCAAAUGAGGUGUGUACAUACAGGUACAUACUUGACUUGUUUGAUAACAUUUCUGACCUAUUUUAAAUAAAGGGAAAUUAUUUGUCUCAAUUUUUCUGCUUUCCUAGUUGGGACAGUGACUGUAUAAUGAUAAUCUGAAUCCAGGUAUCUUAAGAAGAAGUAAAUAUAUUGAUAUUACUCAGAAAAUCUCUCUCUUUCAGUCCCACCUAUCCCUCUAUAUCUUUGACUUCUGUGUGUGUUUUUAAAGGCCUGGGAUAAUCAGUCUCCCAUCUUUAUUCUUGCUUUCCAGAAAUUCUGGAAUUGUACAGAGCUGAUCACCUUUCUUUAGAAGCAGUAACUCAAUUCAUCCUAGAUUUGCCUACUGUGAAUAAUAGCAGAUUUUAGAAACUUUCCUACUUUAUUGAAAUGAGUGAUUAUGGAGAGAAAUCACCCAGGAAGGAAAGAAAAAUAACAUUAAUUAGCUAAUACUAUUUUCUAAGUACAGGCUAAAUAAUUUCAUAUGUCCUUUUAUCAUCACAAUAGCCUGUGAGGUAAACGUUAUUAUCAUAAUUUUUACAAAGAGGAACCUGAAGAUCUGAGAAGUUAAAUGAGUUAUCUGAGGACACAACCACUAACUGGUUGAGUUGGGAGGCAAAAGCAAAGCCUGACUUGGAAGCACAUUAACUUUCUAUGAAUGGCCACAGUGCCCCAUUUAUAAAUUCCCCUUCCAGGGAGCCAGUCGUGAUGUCUGUGUCCUGUUGAGGGCUGGUGCUAGCAUGGACCCUUGAGUACUUUGCUUUGGAUGGGCAGCUAUCCAGAAAGCCUUGUCUGCCAUCUCUGUUGCUUGACUCUUAGUGUGAUCUUGUAAUAUUAUGGGAAAACCACAUUCUCCUCUGGAAAAACACAAUUCUCAAAUUGUUAAAAACAUAAUUUUUAUACAGACAGCCUUAUGUAACUGAGUUUUAUAUACCUUUUCAAAAGUAAAGUUUUAAUUUUUUAUUUUACUUUAUUUUACAGAAAAUUUGCAAAGGGAGUAGAGAGUUCUCAUAUUUCCCUCACUCAGUUUUCCUGAUGUUAAUAUCUCACGUAACAUGGUACAUUUGUUAAAACUGAGAAACUAGCAUAGAUACAGUAACUUUAACUAAGCUACGGACUUUAUUCAGAUUUUACCAGUUUUCCCCACUCCUGUUCUUUUUCUCUCCAGGAUCCAAUCUAGAAUAUCACAUUGCUUUUAGUUCUCGAGUAUUCUUUGUCUCUUCUGAUCUGUGAUGUUUUUCAAUCUUUCCUUCUUUUUCAUGACCUUGACAGUUUUAAAGAUUACUGUUCAGGCAUUUUGUAAAAUGUCCCUCAGUCUGGGUUUGUCUGAUGUUUUUCUCAUAGUUAGACCGAGGUUAUGAGCCUUUGGGGAAGAGUACAACAGAGGUGAAAUGCCCUUCUCAUCAUGUCACAUGAGGGGUGCAUGAUAUCUUUAUGACUUAUCACUCAUUGUGUUAACUGUGAUUGUUUGGUUAAGGCAGUGUCUCCCAGGUCCCUCCACUGUCCAUUUACUCUGUUUCCUUUUCCAGACUCUCUUGUUUAGAAGUAAGUCUCUAAGUCCACUCACUGUCAAGGGAGGGGGAAUUAAGCCCUGCUUCCUAGAGGGUCUCCCAAAUUUUGUCUGUUGUACGUCUCUCUCCUCCCAAAUUUUUGUACUCAUGGAGGCAGACAGAAAUAGCUCCUGCUUUCAUCUGCCAAGUCCCCUCACUCCAUUCACCUUUUCUACUCCAGCAAUGCUGCUGAAGCUUGUCAUGUUCUUCCUCAAAGACUGUGAUCCUUGCUGCCUGCAGGCCAUGGAGGACAUAGUUGGGCACUUCCUCCUCCCUCCAAAUACCUGAAUUCCAGUCCCCAAGAGGCGGUACCGACCCAGUGAGCAAGAACCCCACCCCUUCAUAAGGUGGUGGGGAAAGAAGCCACAAAAACUAUGAAUAUAUGCACAUUUAUAAUUUUUGUUCCUGUUACACCUGCUUGUUAACAAUGUGCUUAAUCUGCUCAAUUUCUGAAUUUCUGGACUCAUACAGCGCUUUAAGAGAAAAAUUAGUUUGCUCAGGUUAACAGCUGCUACAGAAGGGUGCCAUCUUGUAGUAAUGCAGGCACAGUUCUGGGAAGCAUUGAAAAAGGCUGCCUGUGUACAGGAAAACAAAAUGUUUGAGUCACUGAGAUAUGUCAGAUGUAGAAUAAGGGACGUAGCUAUACUUGGUCUGCAACUUGGUUGAGGGAGGGCAUUUUUGGGGUGAAAGUGUCAGACCCGAGUCUUUGAAA